AUGGUGCCUGGAUUAAUUCGGUUUGCUGAAGACUUUUUUACGCAAGGUAUGAACGUUAAUGGUGACUAUUAUGUUCUAGUGAUCGUGGCAGCAGCAGCAGCAGCCCAGCAGUUCCCGGAUGUGUCCGUGCGACUCGCCGGCGAUGGCUUCUUCCGCCGAGGAACCGGAGCCGCCUCGACCUCGCCCUCCGCGGGAGGAUUUCAGCCAAGGGCGAGCUUCCCGACCGACGGGAAGCAGGCCAGUCCCCGCGCUUCAGGAGGCGGCAGAUCUGGCUCGACGAGCGGCAGCAGUGCCUCUGGUGCCACGGGCGGCAGCAGUGCCUCUGGUGCCACGGGCGGCUCCGCUUCGUCGAGCGGCAGCAGGUUUCGGUCGGGCUCCGCCAUCGGACGUCAGGCCGACGUAGGCGACGUCGACGAAGCCGUGGACGGCGUGUUCGAGCCCUUGAACCUCCCGGCCUCGGCCUCGAGCCUGCUGGGGAGCAUCUCCACUGCCUUCUCCUGCGACGACCUCCCCUACGGCUACUACGCCGACCGCGACAACGCCUGCCGCGUCUACCACGUGUGCUACCCGGCACUCUUCGCCGACGGCGACAGCGUGACGUACCAGUACAGCUUCAUGUGUGGCGCGGGGACGGUGUUCGACCAGCGGGAGCUAACCUGCGUGGAUCCUUCCGUGGCGAGCCCUUGCGAGGAAUCCUACAACUACUACUUCACCAACGAGCAAUUCGGUCUCCCUGAGGAAAAGAUUCAGUUCAUUUGAGAAACGUGUCCGCGUGGAUA